UUGGUGGUGGCAAUUACGGAGUAGAAGCGGCUGAACGGAUAUGCAGCACAGUGGGAGCUUGUCGAGCAGUAAUUGUUCGUCAGUGAGAGUACCGUCCUUGUCUGCGCAGUCAUCGAGGUGGCUGAGCUUGUGCUCGCAAAUAGCAACCCACAUUUCCUCGAUUACGUUCCUGGAGAAACGUAUUAAAAAGCAUAAAGCUUUCUCCAAACACAGCGAAGGCCCUAUCACGGAUGAUCAAACUGAUAAAUCCAAAAGGAAAGAGCAUCGGAUCGAUAUUGGUGGAGGGGAUGAAAAUUCCAAUUUGCUUGGCUACGCAGUUUACUCAGGGAAGCCCAGUUUGGAUAAGAGAAAGAAUGUCCCUAAUAGUAAUAAUUCCUCCGAUGUAGAAUAGGAUUCUC